AGAAUAAGAGACAGGAAAAAGGUCUGAAGGUGAAAAUGGUUCGGUGGUUCCACAGAGACGUGUCAGGCCUGGAUGCUGAGAACUUGCUCAAAACGAAGGGUUCCCAUGGCAGCUUCCUGGCCCGGCCCAGCAAGAAGAAUCCUGGAGAUUUCUCUCUCUCUGUCAGAGUGGGAGAUCUGGUGACACACAUCCGUAUCCAGAACACGGGCGACUACUAUGACUUAUAUGGAGGGGAGAAGUUUGCCUCAUUGUCUGAACUUGUGGAGUAUUACACUGCAGAUGUCGGCGUCCUACAGGACAGGGAUGGCACCCUAAGAGCUCAAAUACCCCCUCACUGCUCCGAUCCCACCACAGAAAGGUGGUUCCAUGGACACCUGUCAGGCUCGAACGCGGAGAAGUUUCUAUGGGAACGGGACGAGCCGGGGACAUUUUUGGUGCGCGAGUCUCUGUCCAAGCCGGGAGACUUUGUCCUGUCCGUUCUGACGGAGGAGAAAAGCAAAACACCCAACGGAGGGAGGAGGGUGUCCCACAUCAAGCUCAUGUGCCAGAACAACAGGUACACCAUGGGGGGCUCAGAGAUGUUUGACACCCUGGCUGAUCUUGUGGAGCAUUACAAACGCAAGGGCAUCGAGGAGAUCUCUGGAAACUGGGUUUACCUCAAACAGCCAUAUUACUCCACCCGUGUGAAUGCGGCUGACAUCGACAGGAGGGUGAAGCUGUUGGACCAGAUGGCUGAGAACCCAGACGAAGGAGAGAAGAAGAGCAAGGCCGGAUUCUGGGAGGAGUUUGACGCCCUACAAAAGUUGGAGGCGAAGCUGAAGAAGAGCAGGGAAGAAGGAAUGAGGCCAGAAAACAAAAGCAAAAACAGAUACAAGAACAUUCUUCCCUUCAAUGAGAGCAGGGUCAUCUUGGAAGGGGGAGAUCCCAAUGUUGUCGGUUCAGACUACAUCAACGCCAACUAUGUGAAGAACACCCUGCGGGAGCAGGACCAAAAGGUUUACAUCGCCACCCAGGGCUGUCUCGCAUCAACCGUCAACGAUUUCUGGCAGAUGGUGUGGCAGGAAAAGACGACGGUGAUCGUCAUGACGACGAGGGAGGUCGAGAAGGGGCGGAAUAAAUGUGUCCCCUAUUGGCCCGAGCUUCAAAGCUCGAAGGAGGUAGGGAGGUAUGUUGUGACGUCCACGUCAGAGAGGGAUGCCAGCGACUACAAGGUCCGCAUCCUGGAGAUCUCACCUCUAGACCAGUCGAGUUCUCCCCGGACUAUCUGGCACUACCAGUACCUGAGCUGGCCAGACCACGGGGUCCCAGAUGAGCCAGGGUGUGUGCUCAGUUUCCUCUCCGAGGUUAACAGCAAGCAGGACGAAUUCCCUGGUGCCGGACCAAUGAUCAUCCAUUGCAGUGCCGGGAUUGGUCGGACGGGCACUUUUGUGGUGGUUGACAUGAUUAUCAAGACCAUUGACACUAAAGGUCUGGACUGUGAUAUUGAUAUCCAGAAGAGCAUCCAGAUGGUGCGAGAGCAGCGCUCCGGCAUGGUGCAGACUGAGGCCCAGUACAAGUUCAUCUACCACGCCGUCUCCUACUACAUAGAUGCUGAAAAGGCCAAUCUCCAGGCGUCCAAGGAAACUGAACCAGAAUAUGGAAACCUGAAGCCCAUGCAUCAGAUAGCAAGCCGAAAAGUCUCAAAAAAAAAGGAAGAAACGUAUGAAAAUACAUCAGUAAAAGGGAAGAAAGACGUGAAGAAGCAAAAGUCUGAGGAAAAAAAAAGUGGUUCAGUAAGGAAGAGAUAAAACUGAAAAAUAGGAGACAUUUUAAUUUCCACAUUUAGUCAUUUAGCAGACGCUCUUAUCCAGAGCGACUUACAGUAAGUACAGGGACAUUCCCCCGAGGCAAGUAGGGUGAAGUGCCUUGCCCAAGGACAUAAUGUCAAUUUGCAUGGCCAGGAAUCGAACCGGCAACCUUCUGAUUGGUUUCCACCAAUGAUUGUUCUACAUUGAAUUUGAUAUUUUUCUAAACUUUUGUUAGUUCAUGGUUCUACAUUUUUUAUAUAUAUAUAUUUAGAAUACAGCCAUGGUGAUUUAACAUUAAAACAUGCGUACCCUAUAAUGUAGAUUAAAUAAAAACGGUAAAUGCUUUAUGGAAAUGUUUCUAUGUACAUUGAGAUUUUAGUGACAAUAAAGAGAAAAUAAUCCCGUA